GUGCAUGUUGCACUAUGGCCUAACCUCUUAUCAGCCAGAGAUAGUGAAUCUUGCCCCCUUCCACAUGUCAUAUUCGCAGACUAAAUACAUCGUGUUCUAAAGGCGCAAUGGAAUCGUUGAGGAAGCUUGUCCUCUGUCUUCUGGUCUGUCACGUGACAGCCUGGAUAAACCAGUUUGAUCAAGCAUUCACCUUCACGUGCCCAGCUGAAACCUCACUGGUCCACGUCGUCAGUAGCCAUGACAACCACUUUGAAGACAGAGUCUGGGAUUUCUCCUGUAGAGCCCCGCCCCACAACGAUGCCAAGAUGACCAACUGUGAAUGGUCAGGCUACGUCAAUGAAUUUGAUCAACCUUUGACCUUCCAAUGUGCGCGUGAUGGCAUCAUUGCGGGAAUCAGUAGUGUCCAUGACAACCAUGAUGAAGACAGACGUUUCAAGUUCUACUGCUGCGACGUACCAGGCUACAUUACUGGGUCCUGCUAUUUCACGCCCUACGUCAACAACUUCGACGAACACAUGGACUACGUCGUACCUGUCGGAAAAGUCAUGCGCGGAGUCGACAGCUACCAUGACAACGGUAAAGAGGACCGACGUUUCAAGUUUGAGAUCUGUGACCUUGAUGAACAUGUCGCUUAGACAGAAGGUCAAGGAAACCGGAAACAGAUGUCUAUCGCAAACAAUAAAACCUGAUGGUUGUUCUCGA